AAAGUUGAUAACGAACAUUUAUUUGCAAUUGUGUAAAUAAUUUUUUUUAUUUGCACACAUCACUAAAGAUUUUCACAUCAGAAAAUUAGUUUAAGUGGCUGAUAAGCUUUUUCAAAGCCACUCAUUCAGUUUCAAAAGUCUGAGAAAUAAUGUCGUCGCUUAAUCUUGGUUCUCAUACUCAUUCGAUUCCUGUAAGUUUAUUCAAAACCAACAGAGCUAAAGUGGUUAAAGGAUUGAGAGAGACAAAAAAAAUUAAAAAUGAAGACUCGACCUACAUAAUUUUGAAAGGAGGCUCUGAAGAUGAGUUUGGAUUUUAUGACACUGACACAACUCAAACGAAUUUUCGACAGGAAUCUUACUUUCAAUAUCUCUUUGGUGUUUCUGAACCCAAUUUCUUUGGAGCUGUUCGUGUGUCUGAUGGUCAUGCCAUACUCUUUGCUCCGCUUUUACCUCCUGAUUACGCAGUUUGGAUGGGUCCGAUUAAAACACUUGAAGAAAUAAAGGAAAAAUAUGAAGUUGAAGAAGUUUUCUACACAAAUCAAAUGGAUCGUUUGUUGACUGAUAAAAAUUCUUCACUACUCUUGACUUUAGCGGGUGUUAAUUCAGAUAGUGGAAAGCAAUAUUUACCAGCAUAUUUCGAAGGAAUGGAAAAGUUCGCUCAAGAUGCUGAUAUUCUCUUUUCAGUCAUUGCUGAAUGUCGAGUUAUUAAAUCAGCAGCAGAAAUUGAAGUUCUUCGUUAUGUAGCAAAAAUAUCUUCAGAUGCACAUAAGAAAGUUAUGAAGAUGCCAUUCACUAAACAGAAAACUUUUGAAUAUCAAGCUGAAGCUGUUUUCCUUGCUCAUACAUACUAUGUCGGUGGUUGUCGUCAUGCUUCUUAUACUUGCAUCUGUGGUGUUGGUACCAAUAGCGCCAUUCUUCACUAUGGACAUGCAGGAGCUCCAAAUGAUCGUGAAAUAAAAAAUGGAGAUAUUUGCCUAUUCGAUAUGGGAGCAAACUAUUUCGGUUACUGUGCUGAUAUAACUUGUUCAUUCCCAGCUAAUGGAAAAUUUACUGACGAUCAGAAACUUAUUUAUAAUGCUGUACUUGCAGCUAACAUGGCUGUUCAAAACACUGCUAAAGAAGGCGUCAACUGGGUUGAUAUGCAUCUUUUGGCAAAUCGUGUGAUGUUAGAAAAACUUAAGGAAGGAAAUUUGCUUAAAGGAGACGUUGAAGAAAUGAUUAAUGCUGGUUUAAAUUAUGUUUUCCAACCACACGGUUUGGGUCAUUUGAUCGGUUUAGAUGUUCAUGAUGUUGGUGGAUAUCUGCCUCAUUGUCCUGAUCGUCCUGCAAAAGUCGGACCUAAUAGAUUGCGUUUCGCUCGUGUUCUUAAAGAGAACAUGUACGUGACAAUUGAGCCUGGUUGUUACUUUAUUAAACCAUUGCUUGAGAAAGCUUACAACGAUGCGACACAAUCAAAAUUCUUAGUUAAAGAAAAUCUUGAUCGAUUUUGGACAUUUGGGGGUGUAAGAAUUGAAGAUGAUGUUCUGAUUACGAAGACUGGUGUUGAGAAUUUUGCAAUUGUUCCAAGGACAGUUGAAGAGAUCGAAGCUUGGAUGGCUGAGAAGGAUAAUUCACAAAUAACUCUCCAAUCAUCACAAACACAUUCAACGAAUGGCACUGGGAAUUCGACCGAAACUCAUAAGAAUGACGGAAAAUCAAAGAAUGUUGUGAAAAAUACACACGAAAGUACAUCGAAAGACAAGAAGAAACAUGAAGGGCACGAAUCUUCUUCACGAAGCCACAAGAAAAAGAAAAGUAAAGACAAAGAUCGUGAGAGAGAAAAGGAACGGAGAAAAGAUUCGUCAUCACAACACCAGAAAGAAAUGAAGGAAGGGGAAAAGAUUCAAAAUAAUUCAUCUGGCGGUCACCAAAUCAAAGAAAAUGGAAAAAUCUCUGAAAUUAAAGAUAAAAAUUUUUCUCAAGAUAUCACAAAAGAAAAAUCGCCUCAAUCUCUCAGUACAAAGAAAGAAGCCUUACCAACGUCAAAGGAAAAGGCUUCAUUUUCAAUCCCAGUAAUUUUAUCACCACACAGAAAGUCUGGAAAUACAAAAUCUAACACCAAAUCGUCACAUCACAGCAGUAGUCAUCAUAAAAAUCAUUCUUCCUCUUCAUCUUCCCAUCACAAAUCAUCAUCAUCUCAUAAAAGUAGUCAUGGAAGUAGCAACAGUAGCAGCAAGGAUUGCUCAAAAUGUUAUCGACGCUCAAAGAUAAAGAAAACAAAUAUUGGAAUUCAAGUUCGUCCCGACGAAAAUAUUCCAAAACCACCGACAAGGCCUUUAGAAUUUGAAGCAUCACAUCGUGUUGGCGUUAAUCGUCAUCCAGUUACAAUCAACACAAACUUAUCAUAUUUAAAAUAUGGAAGAUUCUAUCAUAUUGAAGUUCAUCCUAAUGGUGGAGCUUCAAUUGUUCAUAUGUAUCAAGAUGAGCUCAACACUUUGAAAGCUGAAGAAAUGAAUGAACUUGUUGAUGAAUUCUUUGAUUUAGUAUUCAGCGAGGAUGAAAAUGGUUUUGCUUAUCAUGUUAUGGGCGUUGUACAUAAUGCUGCAGCAUAUUUGCCAGAUCUUUUGGAACAUAUGGCUGAAAACUAUUCAAAUUUAACUGUUAAAGCUGGAGUUCUUGGACGAAAUAACGACAUUGAAACAUGCACAAUGUUGCAAUAUUACGAGCAAGUUGCAAAGACAUUUGAAGAGGGAACUGUUCGAUAUGGUCCAUUACAUCAAAUCAGUUUGGUGGGAAAAGUUCAUGAAGAAGUUGGCGGAUAUUUUCCUGAUCUUCUUGGCAAACUUGAGAGUUGUCCAUUUUUAAAGAAGUCAAUGCCUUGGGGAAAACUUUCUUGUAUUCAGAUGGAUCCUCGUCUCUCGAAUGACGGUCCGAUCUUAUGGAUUCGUCCAGGUGAGCAGUUAAUUCCCACUGCUGAAAUGGCAAAAACUCCAUUAAAGAGGCAAAGAGCAAGAAUUAAUGAAUUGAGAAAUCUUCAAUAUUUGCCGCGUUCAUCGGAAGCUCGUGAAAUUAUGUUUGAAGAUCGAACAAAAGCGCAUGCUGAUCAUGUCGGAAUGGGACAUGAAAGACAUACAACAGCAGCUGUUGGUGUUCUUAAAGCUGUUCAUUGUGGUAAGGAAAGCAAACAAAAUCGUGUAACGAAGGAUGUUGUCGCAUUUGCUGCACAAUCCUUUCCACUUCUUACUGAAAAGCUUCAACUUGACUUACAUGAACCGCCAAUAUCUCAAUGCAUUCAAUGGAUUGAAGAUGCAAAACUGAAUCAGCUGAAACGUGAAGGUGUACGAUAUGCCAGAAUACCAUUGUAUGAUAAUGACAUUUAUUUCCUCCCACGAAAUAUUAUUCAUCAAUUUCGUACGGUGACGGCUGUGACAAGCGUCGCAUGGCAUUUAAGAUUACGACAAUAUUAUGCUGAUCAGGAUGAGGCCGAUGAAAUUGCAAGUAAUUAUGACAUUGAAACACCACAGUAUAAAGAAAAACAAACAAUUUUACCUCAUCCAUUGUCAGAAAAUGAGAAGACACCGGCAAAGCGAACGCAUGAUGGAAAGCUUAAGAUAAAGUCUGUGAGUGAGAAAAAGUUUCAUGAUGGCUCAAAAAUUGAUAUGAGAAAGUUGGAGAGAUGUCCAAGUGAUGUUGGCUUGUUGAGCAAUGGAAGUCUUCACGAACAGAAUAAUAAGACGCCUCAUAAAAGUAAAAAGAAAGAUAAAAAUCAUGAGAAGGGUAGCGAGAAGAAAAGGAAAAGUACAAAGAAGAGUAAACCACCAACACCACCGACGCCAAUUCGGAUCGAUUCUUAUAAUUUGAAUAGAGACGAAGAAUUGCAUUAUAAACGAAUGAAUCAACAACAGAAGACGACUUUAAGACCAAGUGAUAAAGAAAACAAUGAAAGCUCACUAGACUCGAUGAUUGUUGUUAAGGAAAGUGACAUGAUGGAAGUUGAUGACAUUCCAGUGGUAGCUGAAGAGAUUGUCGUUGAAGAAACUGUCGUUGAAACAACAACAAGUACAAAUAGUAUUGAAAGUAUUGAACCAUCACCCGAUCAAUCACCAGAUUUUCAUAUUUCAAUACAAUCGACGCCGCACUACUCAGAAGAGGUUGUCACAGAAACAAUUUCCGAUCAAAACAAAAUGUUGCGAGCAAGCAAAUUAUUUAGUUUUACUAAAAAUAUUAAGAAUUAUCGCUUAUGUUUUGGAUCAAAAUCGAAUGAAAAGGUUCUUGGUUAUAAUGAAAAACCGAAUAAUAAUGAAAUAAUGGCAGAUUAUAUAGGACCACCUGAUAAAAAUUCUAACAUAAGGCCAAUACUCCGCUAUAUCCCAGUAAAUGAAACAAAAUUACAAAAAGAUCUUAGACUUCGACGGAAUGAAGUUCAAGAUUGGGUUAGUAAAUUCUGGAGGAAUCAUAAUGAAAGAUUUUUUCAAGAAAAAGAACUUUUUAUAAAAAAACAACGGCUGAAAAGUGACGAAGAAAAUGUGACAGCUGAUAAAAUGAGUGAAUUUUACAAAGCAUUUUUGGACAAGAAUUGGAAACUGCACGUUUAUUUUAAUGUAUCAUGGUAUAUGAAGAAUUUUGAACUUUUAUUCUUAGCAUUUACAGUCAAUUUAGAAUCUGCUGCCAGAUUAAUUAAAAAUAAAGUUAAACGAAUAAUUUUGAAAUAUUUUAUAUUAGGUUUGUUUUUUAACUGCACCUAUUCGUAUAAACCAGUGGUGCUUAUUCAUGGCAUUCUCUCUGAUGGACCUAGUAUGAUUCCAAUCUCGGAACAGAUUAAAUCAAGUCAUCCUGGAACUGAAGUUUAUAUCAUAGAUAAAUUCAACAAUUGGCAAAGCUUAGAACAUGCUCUUGGUCAAAUAGAAACAUUUUAUGAUGAGUUUGAUGCUAUUUUUAAGGCACAUCCUGAAGGUGUACAUGUUUUAGGAUAUUCUCAAGGUGGCCUUCUAGCUCGAACUCUUAUUCAGUUUUAUGAACAUCAUAAUGUUAAACGACUGAUAUCCCUAAGUAGUCCACAAGCAGGACAGUUUGGCGAUGCUUUUUUACAUCUCAUAUUCCCAUCGCUUUUCGCACGAAACGCUUACGAAUUAUUUUAUUCUCGAAUUGGACAAAAAACUUCAGUUGGAAAUUACUGGAACGAUCCAAACCAAAGGCAGCUUUAUUUACGGUAUAGUGAAUUUCUACCCUAUGUUAACAAUGAAGUAUUAACGAAAAACUCCAGUCAAUUUCGAAAUAAUUUAUUAAAACUUGAACAAAUGAUUUUAAUCGGUGGUCCCGACGACGACGUCAUAACGCCUUGGAUAUCAGCGCACUUUGGAUUUUAUGAUUCAAACUUGACAAUGAUACCAAUGCGUGAACGUCAAAUCUACACUGAAGAUGCUAUUGGACUGAAAUCACUUGAUGAAAGUGGAAGACUGAAAAUUGUUACUGUUCCUGGUGUCAAGCAUUUUGCUUGGCAUCUCGAUAAGAAAUUAAUUGAAAAAGUGGUUGUUCCCCAUCUAGACUGAUUCAUUUGCUGGUUUACCAAAUUUAUUCUAUUCUGUUUUAAGCUAAAGAAAAUUUUAAUCUCGUGUUGGUAACUAUCCAAAUUUUAUAAGAAAUAAAAAUGUCUGUGAAUUAGAGAAAUAAAAGAAGGAAAGAAAAAUUUAAUUAGAUGUUUUAUUCUCAAGUUAGAUAUAUCGUUUUCGUUCAUAAAAUUUCAUCACACACUUUUUUAAUAUUUCAAAGAAAAAACAUUGACAUAAAUAGAAUAGAUGAAAAAUGCAAAUGACCACUAAUUGCAUAAAAUUAUGUUUCAUCCUGG